AGUUAGUUUUUAGUGGGUUCCUCCCCCUUAGGGAUGCUCACCUGGACGUAUCUGAAGCCGUUAGAUUUGUGGUGGUCUAGGAUCCUCGGUUGGGUACACGUGCUGCUAUCUUUACUUCUCUCUCUCUUUUAUCUUUGCUUCCAUGCAUGGAUUUCUCCUCCAAAUAUAGUCAAUUCCAGAGACACAGAGAAAGUAGCGAGACAAAAGAGAAACAAGCGCUCGCUCGCUCAUUCCAGUCUUUUUUUAAUUUCUCUUUAUUGGCUUGUUCAUCUCCUUUUUUAGCAACAAAGAUCUUGGUUUCUGCCCGCAAUUCUGUUGAAGUCUUAGAUGGGUUCUUCGCUGAUCAGUCCCGCAAGCAAUUAGAAACCAUGAUCUAACACAAUUUUCUAGCCAGAUUUGAGAUUCCAACCUAAGUUUCUGAGUUGGGCCCAGCUGUUCUCUUUUCCUUCCUCGUCCUCUGUUUAUAAUUUUGGCCUUUCAGUAUUGUAAUUCUAAAUCAUAUAUAAUCUAAGCUUCCUUUGUCAUGCACUCUGUUCUGUCUAUUCCUUCAAUGGAAGAAAGUCGAGCAUUAGUACAUGUAUGCAAGUUCUGCAGCAAGAGGUUCCCUUGUGGUAGAUCUUUGGGAGGUCACAUGAGGUCUCAUUUGACCAUUAAUUCAGUUGAAACAGAAGAAAAAAUCAGCAGAAUGAAGUUCUCAUCUUUCAACAGCGGGAGAAACCAGACUAAGGACUCUGACGUGUUUUUGGAACCUGGAACUCAAACUGGUUAUGGCCUCAGAGAGAACCCAAAAAAGACUAGGAGACUCGCAGAUUCAGGUGAAGAGACAUCACCCCAUGACAAGCUAUUGGAGGAUCAAGCAUCAUUGACCAAUGCUAACCAGAAGGUGGUCAUUUACAGUGAAUCUGACAAUAAUCGAAGAAGGAGAUUGGAUAGAAAGACGAGGUACAUGGCCUCUUCAACCUCUUCUUUUUUCUCUUUUGCUAAUCCUUCCUCUUCUGCUUCUGAGAUUGAGGAAGAACAAGAGGAGGUUGCUAUGUGCUUAAUGAUGCUUUCUAGGGAUGUGGGUCAUUGGGGUUGUUUGAAUUCUGCUGCUGAAUCUUCUGAUAAUAAUUCUGUCUACUUAGAAGCCCAAGGAGCUUUUCAAACUCAACGAAUUUCUAAGACUAAGGCCAUGAUUUCUGUCUGUAAUGGUAGUGAAACUGUGAAAGUGAAGAAAAUUAGUGAUAAUAAGUUGGAGCCUGGUAGUUUGGAUUCUGAGGAUCUUAAAGGGACACAGUCAGAAUUUUGUGCUUAUGGCAUCUCAAAAAGUCGGUCUAGUAGAAAUAGAGGUGAAACUUCUAAUGAUGGAUUUUUCAAUGAUGAUAUGAGAAAGAGUUCUCGGGUCGAUGAUCAACUCGGAUUUGAGGAUUUUGAAGUUGAAUUGGGUAAGAAUUUCUCCAAAAAGGCUGCAUCAAGUAAAGCUCAAUUGGCUUCCAUCAAGUAUAACUCAAGCAAGAGAAAGCUCCACAAUUCCUAUGAUCCUGAAUUGAGGUCGAAGUCCUUGAAAAGUUUGACUAUUAAUUCUUUAGAGUCUGAAAUCUGCAAGAAUUCCCAUAAGAGGAGCAAAGUUUUUGAGUGCACUACUUGCAACAAAAUCUUUCACUCAUACCAAGCUCUUGGAGGGCAUAGAGCUAGUCAUAAAAAGAUCAAAGGCUGCUUUGCUUCAAGAAUUGAGAGCUGUGAAAAUAGCAUCGAAACUGAACUCUCUCCUGACUCUACAACCGAUAGUAAGCUCGUCAAAUCAUGCAACAAUGAGAGUCCCAUUGACCAAGAAAAAAAGGCUAUUGGCUUUGAUGAAAAGAGUGAGACAGCUAAAUGGUCCUCCAAAAAUAAGGGGCAUGAGUGCCCAAUUUGCCGCAAGGUUUUUCCAUCUGGCCAAGCCUUGGGAGGCCACAAAAGAUCCCACUUGGGUGGUGGUUCUGUGGCUAGACACAAUCCUGCCAUUCUCAUACAGAAACCAGUUCCCGAAAUUCGGGAUUUUCUUGAUCUUAAUCUUCCUGCUCCAGUUGAAGAAGAGAGCAACCGCCGUGUCGUCGGAUUCCAGCCAUGGUGGAUGGGAAGCAACCAAGAGCAUGAGGCCUUGGUGGGUUUGAUCUCUAACUAAAUUUCUCCCUCCAGGCGAUGGUUCCCAGUAAAGAUAUUACCAUGUAUACACACAAGUUUCUGGAUACCGUUUCAUUAAUUCUUUACAAGAUUCAAGUAUUUCAUCAGAUAAGAUCUCGCUAAAA